AAACCUGAUGAGAAAUAUUUAAAAGAAACUGAUUUAGACCUAGGGGAACAAGUAUUAAAGUGUGAUUUAAAUUUAAUUGAGGCUGAAAAAUGACUAAAGUACACUGCAAGAAAAAUUUUGUUUUGUUUUGUCUUUAAGCCUGCAAUAUGACGUCUAAACUGGAGAUCUAUAUAGACAAAUAUCUAAUACCGGAAAUAUUAAGCCAAUUGGAUAAUGAGGAAUUAAUUUCAUUUAAGGCGCAGAGCUUGGACAGUUUAGAUAGUUUUAUGUCCUGUUUGUAUAAUAUACAGCUGAAAACUAAAAAGGAUAAACAAGAAAAAGAACGCUUAUUAUUUGUGAAAUUUAUGCGGGGCGAUACAGAUUUUCGAGAAUCUAGUAAAUCCUAUACACAAUAUGGCAAUGAAAUCUAUACCUACAACACAGUUUUGCCUUUAUAUGAGAAAUUAUUAAAAGAUAUGAAAAUUACCAGCAUAAAUGUAAAGCAGUUAGUGCCUCCCAUCUACAUAGCCAAGUUUGGUUAUAUACAAGGUUUAAGUUGUACACCCAACGAUAGAGAGGCUGCUUUGGUUAUGGAAAAUCUUAAACCUUUGGGCUAUCAAUUGGGUCCACGCCUACAACUGAAACGUGAUCAUCUUAUAGCCAUGUGCCAGCCCUUGGGCAAAUUCCAUGCCAUGUCCUAUGCUGUAAAAGCCUUAAAUCCUUCACAAUUCGCUAGUUUAAAAAAGGGCAUUAUAGAUUUCCCCUUUAUUAAUGAAGAGGAUCCCAAUGAUGUUCACAAUAAUGUUUAUCGUUAUCUACAUCGCCAUGCCUUUGAUCGUUUGUUUGAAUUUUAUGAUCGUAAAAUUAAUAGCAAUCUUUUUAAUAAGAAAUCAGCUAAAGAUUUAAAAUUAAUAAAAUGUUUGAAUAAAUUGAGAGAGAAAUAUAACCAGCAGCCUUCUCGAUUGCAAGAAAACUUAAGGAUCAAAGUAAAUGAUCGUGAAGAAGAUAAAUAUUUUGCGGCUAUUUUGCAUGGCGACUACAAUCGUAAUAAUGUUUUGUUUAAAUAUAAAUCCAAAGCAGAUAAAAAUGCCCAACAAUUAGUAGAAGAUAUAAAAAUGAUAGAUUUUCAGCAACUUCGUUAUGGUUCUCCCGCUCUGGAUUUGUCUUUUUUUAUGUAUUUCAAUACUGAUGAAACUGAACGUUAUGAAAUAUGGCAGGAUUUAUUAAAAACAUAUCACAAUACCAUGUUUUCUACACUUUCCAUUAUAUUAAAUGCUUCCAGCAAAUCAAAACAGGAAAUUUCGGCUAUUUUACAGCAUUAUAGUUUUGAGAAAUUUCAAAAACACUUUUCCCGUUUCGCAUUUUUUGGUGUUAUGAUCUGUUUACACUUUUUACACUGGAUGCUGUGCAGUGAGGAGGAGUGUGCUCGCAUAUCGGAGUUAUUCGCCACAGAUAUACGCGGAGAAGAAUUUCGUAAGAUGUCUUUAGAGGUGGGAGGGGAUGAGGUUAAUAUGCGUUUGUUGGCGGUGGUUAGACAUGCCUGCGAAAUGGGCUAUAUGGAUGAUUUGUAAGAGGUGGAAUAAAAGGGAUUAUUUUAGUACUUUUUUUUAUUAAUUUUUUUAAAAAAAAAUAUUUUAAUUAAUGUAAUGCAUGAAAUUCCAAGAAAAAUUUUUUUAAUUCGAGUUGUUUUUCAGCAUAAAAUCAUCUUUUACCAUAAACUCUCUUACUUGUUUAAAGUAUGUUUAUUUAAAUACCAUAAAAAUUAUAAAACUUAAAAGAAAAUAAUU